UCCAAAUCAUUUUUACUCCUCGUACGUCAAACCCACAUAUAAAAGACAAAAACUUGGCUCCACCUGGCGGAGGGCGACGCCGCCACGUCGGCGCAAUCCAGCCGCGGGAGGCGAUUUCAGACCUCCUGCGCCCUAGGAGCCAGCCUUCAAUCAAGGCAGCUUAGCUGAUAGAGGAAAGGAAAGCAAUCGCCUUUACAAGGGACCGUGAGAGCUUUUGCCCGCCAAUCAUUCGAUCAAUUUCCCCAACCAAAAAAAUCCGCUCCUUUCCCACACUGUCUGUUAACCUAAUCAUUUCUUGGGUAAUACUUGAGAACAGAAGGCAGCAAAGUACAAACCCCCUUUUCGUUAAUCUUCCCUCGAAACCCCCCUUUAGGUGAAAGCGAAGGUUUUGAUUCAACAAACCAACCAACCACUUUGCCGGGAUAGCAAUUUUCAGUUGCCGCCUAGGGUUCUGUUGCUGGAAUGAGUUUUUGGGUUUUGGUUUGGGGAUGAAUUGAAGAAGCAGAAGAGGAAAGGAGAAGCUUUUUGAGGAGGACUUUAGGGACGAGAGGAGAAGGGGGAGAUAGAUGGCAUUGUUUCGCAAACUGUUCUACAGGAAGCCGCCUGAGGGCUUGCUUGAGAUCUGUGAGCGGGUCUACGUCUUCGAUUGUUGUUUUACAAUGGAUUCAUGGCAAGACAAAGACUACAAAGGGUACAUAUGUGGAAUAGUUGGCCAGCUUAAAGACCACUUCCCUGAUGCAUCAUACCUAGCAUUCAAUUUCCGUGAAGGAGAGACACAAAGUCAGAUUGCUGAUGUGUUGUCUGAAUACGACAUGACUAUCAUGGAGUAUCCUCGGCACUACGAAGGCUGCCCUUUGCUCACAAUGGAAGUCGUUCACCAUUUCUUGAGAUCAGGGGAAAGUUGGCUUUCGCUCGGACAGCAAAAUUUGCUGCUGAUGCACUGUGAAAGAGGUGGUUGGCCGAUUCUCGCCUUUAUGCUGGCGGCACUGUUGAUAUAUAGAAAGCAAUACAGUGGAGAGCAGAAGACACUGGACAUGAUCUAUAGACAAGCUCCCCGUGAGCUUUUGCAGUUCUUGUGUCCUCUAAACCCUAUUCCUUCUCAGCUGAGAUAUUUACAGUAUGUUUCAAGAAGAAACGUGGCUACAGAGUGGCCACCAUUGGAUAGAGCUCUCAACUUGGACUGUGUCAUCAUGAGAUUCAUCCCAAAUUUUGAUAGAGAGGGUGGUUGUCGUCCUGUGUUCCGUAUAUAUGGACAGGAUCCCUUUCUUGCUUCAGAUAGAACUCCUAAGUUCUUGUACUCCACUCCUAAGAAGAACAACACUUUCCGGGCUUAUAAGCAGGCAGAAUGUCAGCUAGUUAAAAUUGAUAUCCAUUGCGCAAUCCAAGGUGAUGUUGUGAUGGAGUGUGUCAGCAUACGUGACGAAAUGGAGAGCGAAGAAAUGAUGUUUCGAGUAGUUUUUAAUACGGCUUUCAUCAGGUCAAACAUCUUGAUACUCAACCGUGAUGAAAUUGACAUAUUGUGGGAUGCUAAAGAUCUAUUUCCAAAGGACUUCAGAGCUGAGAUUAUUUUCUCAGAGGUUGAUGCCCAUGCUUCUGUUAUCUCUAUGGAUUUCUCUGGCCUUGAGGAGAAGGAUGGCCUUCCAGUUGAAGCUUUUGCCAAAGUUCAUGAGAUAUUCAGCAGUGUUGACUGGUCAUCACCACAUGCAGAUGUAGCAUUUAACAUGCUCCAGCAAAUGCAUGACAUGGAUUUGGGACACAGUGCAGAACAAAGUCCUCAGAGUCGGGAAAGCAGUCCAGGAAUGCAUCAUGACAGAAGGAAGAGAGAACGGUUGACGAGGAACUCACUACUCUCAUGGGAAAAUGCUGAAGGUCUCGUCUCGCCAGAGUUAUCUCCACAUACAAAAAGUUCCCCGGAUGAGCAGCAAAAUCUUGAGACUGAUAAAGAGGCACCACCGACGACUCUUUUGGAUCUCACCAUUAAAGAUUUGUUACGUGACAAUGCCUCACCUGAGAAUGCCGAGAUCUCACUGAAAAGGAUGCUGAAGAACUCGCUAGCGCAAAAUUUGGACAAUUUGAACUCACCAAAUUCAGUUUCACCUACUCGAUCGGUUGAAGCUGAACAUAAUGUUUCCAGUCAGAUGCCUCAACCAGCAACCAGCAGUGGCAUUCGCAGCGCCGAGACCAGAAGUGCUUCUGAUUCAUCAUCAAGUACUCAACUACAACCUGCCAUCUCUUCUGCAGCUGAGAAGCUCCUUCUGUGUGCACAGUCAUCAGCAAACCACCAUACUGCUCCUCCCAAGGCUCUCUUGACUUCACUACUCCCUUCUGCUCCACCACCACCGCCGCCGCCACCACCACCUCCAUCAACUUCUGCUUUGGAAGAGAAUGUUGUUAAAGCUAAACCUCCUCCUCCACCACCACCACCUCCUCCUCCAUCAACUUCGGCUUUGGAGAAGAAUUCUGUUAAAGCUAAACCUCCACCACCACCUCCUCCAUGUCCAGAGAAAGCUACAAGUCCUUCAACGGCAUCACCUCCGCGACCUUUACCUUCUUCUGCACUCCCUGCUCCACCCCCUCCUCCGCCACCGCCUCCUCCUCCUCCUCCUGUACCGUCUGUGUCUUCAUCUACCCCUCCUCCUCCGCCACCACCUCCUCCUCCCACCUCCAGGCACCAAUAUGCUCCUCCUCCACCACCUCUUCCUCCACCGCCACCACCACUUCCUCAUUCUUUAGCACCUCCUGCUCCUCCUCCCCCUCCUCGUUCUUCUGCAACUGCUCCAUCUGCACCGGCGCCGCCACCUCCUCCGCCUUUGACUAAUGGACCUCCAUCAACUGUGCCGCCAUCUCCUGCUCCGCCAAUGAGUGCUGGCCUGGGGGGAAAGGGACGGUUGUCCCGCACCAUAAAGAACAAUCAGAAAAAGUUGAAGCCUUUGCAUUGGUUGAAGUUAACAAGAGCUGUGCAAGGAAGCUUGUGGGCUGAGGCACAAAAAUCAGGAGAAGCCUCCAAAGCUCCAGAGAUUGAUAUGUCAGAACUUGAGAGUCUUUUUGCUGCAGCAGCACCAAAUCCAGAUCGAGGGGGGAAAUCGAUGGCACGUAGCUCUCGUGGGCCUAAGACUGAGAUAGUGCAGCUGAUUGACCACAGACGAGCCUACAACUGUGAAAUCAUGCUUUCGAAGGUUAAGGUUCCACUGAAUGAAUUGACGGGUUAUGUUUUAGCUCUGGAGGAUUCCGCAUUAGAUGUAGAUCAAGUAGAAAAUCUGAUCAAGUUUUGUCCAACAAAAGAGGAAAUGGAACUCCUUAAGGGCUACACUGGAGACAAGGAAAAGUUGGGAAAGUGUGAACAGUUCUUCUUAGAGUUAAUGAAAGUUCCAAGAGUAGAAGCUAAGCUCAGAGUUUUUGCUUUUAAGAUGCAGUUCCGUUCUCAGGUCUCUGACCUCAGGAAUAGCCUAAAUACAGUGAACUCUGCCGCAGAACAGGCAAGUUACUGUCGUUGCUCUCUUAUUAUCAGGAAUUCUGCCAAAUUAAAGAGAAUCAUGCAGACUAUUCUCUCAUUGGGUAAUGCUUUGAACCAAGGAACUGCUAGGGGUGCUGCUAUUGGAUUUAGGUUGGACAGCCUACUUAAACUGACCGAUACCCGGGCAAGGAACAACAAAAUGACUCUCAUGCACUAUCUUUGCAAGGUUCUUGCUGACAAGUUACCGGAUCUUCUCGACUUCUCCAAAGACCUGCCCAGUUUGGAACCUGCGUCCAAGGUACAAUUGAAGUUCUUAGCAGAAGAAAUGCAAGCGAUAAGCAAAGGACUUGAAAAGGUCAUGCAAGAGCUAUCUUCCUCGGAGAAUGAUGGUUUUGUUUCUGAGAAUUUUUGUAAGACGCUUAAAGAGUUCCUCCGAUUUGCUGAAGCUGAAGUGAGGUCACUGGCUUCGUUGUACUCUGGAGUGGGAAGAAAUGUGGAUGCAUUGAUUCUUUACUUUGGAGAAGAUCCAGCCCGUUGCCCAUUCGAACAAGUUUGUUCGACUCUGGUCAACUUCGUGAGACUAUUCAACAAAGCUCAUGACGAGAACUGCAAGCAGCUUGAAAUUGACAUGAAGAAAGCAGCAGAGUCCGAAAAGAAUCAAGUAGCAGUAGAUCCAUCCCAGACCAACUCGUUGCUGCAAACUGCAGUCCAGGCCAGGAGUGUCAAAUGACCAGACCUUCAAAGUCCAUCAGCUCUUUUGCCAUUCUCAAAAGUCCAAACCCCAAAAGCCAUCCAAUAUCGAGUAGCGACCAGGCUAUAGAUGGGGGGACCUUAUGGAAGUCAGCUGAAGCCUGCCGAUGAGCAUACACUUCGUUAGCAGAUCUAAAAUCCUGGGUUUCGCCACAUGAAAUGUUAUCAGUUCUGUUGAUGGCUCGAAACUUUCCAGCUUUGUUCUGCUAGAAGGUGAUCCCCAUUAAGACCCUCGAGAAUGGAAAUGCAGGGUGUUAGGAAAGCUUGAUCCUUUUUGGAGUGCAAGGGUUGGCAACUUGUACAUGGUUCUUUUACCCUUGACAUUCAAACUCUAGGGGUAGGAGGGUAUGGAAGGAAUGGCUUCCUUUCUGCCCCUUACAAUUUUGCCUCCUGAGGUCAUUUCUGUUUUCUGAAUAACCUCUCUGCCUGUAGAAACACAUAUACAUAUGUUCUAGUCUGUAUAUAUAACUAGUGUUCUAGUAAAAUGUCUUCCUUCUUUCCUUCUGCUUGCUUUCUGAAUUUAUUCUAGACGUGGGGAAAUGGACUUGAAAUGAAAGGGAAUUUUUCUGAUAGUGUUCAUCAGGUUACA